UUGAAUAUGCUGUUGAGGUAUUUUCUUGUCCUCACAAUUGCACAGUACGCGACUGAAGUAGAUGGAAACCCCUAUAAAGUAGGCCUCCUUCUAAACUCGGACGAGGAAAUGGAAUCAAAUGCGAUCAAACGUCUUGCGGACUUUACGAUCUCGAACAUGCCCGAAUCAAACGUGACGUUGCAGAUCGAAAUCCAGCAUUACGGCAGAACUUAUUUUAGUCUGAUGAGUGGAGUUUGCUCGCUCAUUGACAACAACGUGGUUGCUAUUAUCUCAGCUUCCGACUCAACCUCAACUGCUGUACAGUCUAAUCUUAUUCGUCAGUAUCAGAUACCUUUUAUUGCUGCAGUGGCUACAAAUCCCUUCAUAGAAAGUCCAGAUGUUAACAAUCUGGAGCUGCGACUCUCACCAUCUGAUAUUCACCAAAGUGAAGCUGUAUUCGCCUUGUUGAAAGAGUUCUACUGGUUUGAAUUUUCCAUUCUCGCUUCCACUGGUAUUUAUGGGAUUAGAAGCACUGUUCGAUUACAAUAUCUAGCAUCGCAAGAUAUAAACUUUAACCUCAAGGACAUUCAACAUUUUGAUAUGAAAAAAGAUUUGUCACAACCCUCGACGGUAAAGAUUUUCUCAAAAGAACUAGAAGUGAUUAAAGAUUCUCUUGUCAGGGUUAUUGUGCUAAGCUGUCAUGGACGGUUCGCCAAACAGAUUUUCAGUGAAGCAAAAGAAAUGGGAUUGAUGGAUAAAGAUUACAUAUGGAUCACACUAGAUGGGAUCACAACAAGACCAGAUACCAUCGCAUACGGAGACAAAUCAUAUCUGUCAUAUUAUCAAGGAAUAUUUGGAACCGCACCCCAUUAUGGUGAAGAUAGUUUCGUUUACAACGUUCUAAAGGAUGCCUAUAUACUACAGAAAGGAGGAUCAUCAUCUGAUUUCACCAUGUCCCCCAUAAAAGUUUCGGAAGGACUGCAAAUUCUUCAUACCUCCCUCGUUCGACUAGGAAGUAUCGAAAGAGAAACUUUAAAGGAUGUUAAGUGUGGUAAAUCGGACACCUGGGCUGCAGGUCCAGCCUUGUUCUCCGAUAUGAGCAGUAUUGCUGAUGUCAACUAUUUUCAGACAUACGAAAUCAUGAAUUUUAAAGCCAAUGGAUUUGAACGAGUUGGGUUUUGGAAAUACGAUACUGGACUUGUUGAUUCAAGUGGUGAAAUUGUUUCUUGGAGGAGCAGAAAAGAUCUCUCUUUCAUGGGAAAUGUCGUUAAAGCACCAUCUGGAAUCGGGAGCAAUCUAAAUGGGUACCACCUAAGGGUUGGUGUUUUAGAGUCGCCACCCACUUCUCAUUUUGUAAACAGUUCCGAUUGUCAGAACGAUCCCUCUUAUCCAAGUUGCUGGAUAGGCUGGACUCCCGAUAUUGUAGCGAGACUUGCUGAAGAUCUGAACUUUACCUACGAAUACGUGGUGCCACCUGACAGAACUUUUGGCAUCUUCGACCGUGAGACAAAUUCAUGGGGAGGAUCAAUAGUAGGGGAGAUCGUUAAUCGAAGUAUAGAUCUCUCGUUAGCUUUAGCAGUAACAAGUGACCGAGCAAAAUACAUUGAUUUCUCAUCUCCAUUCUAUGAAGAUUCUGCAUCGAUGGUCAUGUACCCUGCAGUUGGGAGUGCAGAACCGUCUUCAAAUUUGUGGUUCUUUCUAGAGCCUUUUGAGAUGUCAGUAUGGGGUGCCCUUAUCAUACUCGUCGUCGCUGUUGCCACUCUUACAAAUUUCUUCAGCAAAUUUUCUCCUUUUGGAAGUUUUGGCGAAAAAAUCAAUGCGAUGCAACACUGUCCUUGCAAAAAAUGUGCCUCAAGAAGAAGGGUUAAAAAGGUAAAGAAGUGUAGAUUUGUUGACACAAAGAAGUUUGAAUGCCUGCUUGAUAAGGUUGAAGAAGACGAUGAUAUGAAUGAUCUGUCUUUCUACAAUUCAACUUGGCUCAUCGGCACAGGGUUUGUACUGCAAGGUACAGAUGUACUCCCAACUUCUCCUUCCGGAAGACUUCUCCUAUUCACCUGGUGGCUGUUCAUGAUGAUUCUAACUGCCAUGUACACGGCCAACCUUACCACUAACCUGACGACGGAAACGUCGGGGCUUUCAGUAACUUCUUUUCAGGAUUUACUUUCCCAGGACUAUUACAGUUGGGGAACCGGUGCUGCUUAUGACUAUGUGGAAAGUCAGAUUGAGAAUGGUAAUGAUGCAAUAAUUAAGGACAUAUCUAAAAGUGCUCAAAAAAUUUAUUCUUGGGAUGAGGUUGUAAGAAAGGUGAAGGAAGAAAAAUUUGUAUUUAUCGAUACGGGAAGUGCCAUAGGGUACAUAUUUCGGAAUGACUGCAAGAAAAUUAUCGCCGAUACAUCGAAAUUUAACACCCAGUUCGCUCUUGGAAUGCCGUUGAAUACGCCGUACCUAGAGAUGAUAAACAAAAGGUUCAUAUCCUACAGAGAGGAAGGAUUCUUCAAUCUGGGGUUCAAGAAAUGGUACGGCACUGGAGACUUAGACUGUGAAGCCAGCACUCCAAAUAUUGGAAGCGACGAGAAGUUCUCUCUCAAGGUCCUAAUCGGACUUUUCCUCAUCCUGCUAUUUGGUGUUCUGUGGGCAUUGUGUACGAGCUGUGUUGAAUUCCUUGUCGUCUCAUACUCGGAUAGCAUAGAAAGUGAUACAACUUUUUAUCAGUGCUUGCAAACAAGACUCUCUCUUAAAAAGCGUGAGGUGUGUGAGGAAUGGUUUGGCGGCAAUGACAACCGCGCUGCUUCCCGCAGAACCAGUACUCAGUCUUCGUCACGAAGUUCAAGUCUUCUAAAUCGACCGCUGACGGAACGUGGUAAUUUCAUUCUAAGAGAGCGGAGCAGAGGGACAUUUUGUUAACUUUAAAUGAACGGCUGGCUAUAUCAGGUAAAAUCUAAGAGUUCGAAUCAUCAACUGGGUAUAAGAAAACUGUUACCUACGGUUUAUGUAAACUGUUCCUCGAUUAAACACGCUAUCCCAAAGAACGAAGAAGGUAUAUUGUACUAAUACAAUCGUAGCUACAAUAGAUUCGUAAACUUAAUACGUUAGUCUGUUAAAUAUGAUUCAAAACUUUACAAUACACCUUACCUGAACUGGAAUCGAAGCAGGACACAUGUCGAGGGUUGGAAGCAAACCUGGUGGGUUUUAUUUUCAAUCUCAGGUUGUUCAUUCAUUUUAUUUUCAAAUUCACAAAUGUCGAUUAUCAAUCUAAUCGUCAACAAUUUUUAAAAAUCUAUGGAUUCUGUUAUUUUAAAAUGUUGCAUAUUAGGGGCAUGACGGAAGCUAUAGUUACAUAUUAGUUAAAUAAUUACUGUUUUCUUAUGGACCCUUUAUAGUGACAUACAACUUCAACAAAUGACUUACUAACGAGUAAAUUAUUACAAAUUAAAGUUGACACUUUGAUUGAUACUAUUACUAACAGUAGACUAAAAAAAUCUU